AGGCGGGCACAAAGCGCAACCAAUCGCUUAUUUUACGAUGGGGGAGCCUCCGCCAAUAGGGGUAUCGGCGGUGGUGGGGAAAGGCUGUACGUUUUAGAGUCCUGUUGCUAGGACAGCGCUGAGGUUCUGUGUUUUUGUAUGAGAGGAAGGAGAGUGUGGUGGGAGUCACUUGGGAGCCUGUGCUUUUCCUUCUCCCUUACUACCCUCAUGGUGGCUCGUCCUCUAGCAGAGUCCUAAGGGGACUUGCAGCCUAACCACCGCUAUACGCAAAACUAAGGAGGGCCUCUUCUGAAGCCCCUUCCCUGGCUUCCUUAAUUGAAACCUCUUCAUCCCGACACCUCCCUCCCCAAUACGUGCUAGUCUCUUCCUCUCCCCGUUCCCCACAAAAUCUUAUGGUGAGAGGUAGCACAGACCAUGGUGAAGCUGGCUGCCAAAUGCAUCGUGGCAGGUGACUCGGCAGUGGGGAAAAGUGCCUUGGUCCAGAUGUUCUGCAAUGAUGGGGCUCAUUUUCAGAAAAACUACACAUUGACAACAGGAGUAGAACUGCUGGUGAAGACGGUACCCAUUCCAGAGACGAGUGAUAGUGUGGAACUCUUCCUCUUUGACUCAGCAGGCAAAGAAAUGUUUUCUGAAGUGCUAGAGAAACUGUGGGAACAGCCUAAUGCCCUGUGUAUUGUAUAUGAUGUUACCAAUGAGCAAUCUUUCAGUAACUGUGCCAAGUGGGUGGAGAGGCUGAGGACCCAAACCUUUGGAAUGCACGUCCCAGGUGUGCUAGUUGGCAAUAAGACCGAUCUGAUUGAUAGGCGAGUCAUGGAACAAAAACAAGCACGAGAAUGGGCAAAAACCAAUGGCCUAGAAUAUUGCGAGAUCUCAGCGAAAGAGAUGAAAAACUAUGAAGCCCCUUUUCACAGUGUGGCAAAUUCCUUCCACCGGCUGUACAAAGAGAGGGUGGAAAUCUUUCACUCAUUAGUGUGAGGUGUCUUUAAAUGUGAUAUGCUUAGCUUGUUGUUUCUUUUCUUUGUGCCUGGAAAUAAUCAAAUGUUUAACAAUCACAGACUAAUCAUAUGAGAGAGGUUAGCCUUUUAUUAGCUUAUGAUCAUUUUUUUUAAAAAUAUUCUUUACAUUCACACACAAAAAUACAAAAUACAUACCUUACAAUCAAUGCUUUCCUGUAAUUCUAAGCCAAAAUAAACCUAUAGGAGAUUGACUAUUAUUUCAAUCCUCACUUGUC